CACAGAGGAGCGGCGGCGUCGAGACGGCAGAGUGCGGAGUGACAGGGCGUUCGCUUUUACAUGAUUAAAACACUAAACCGGGAGGAAUACGCAUACGGAUCGAUAGAAACAUAUCCUAAAUACCCAGUCCGUCAUGGAAUCCUAUGACAUUUUAGCUAACCAGCCGGUUGUGAUUGAUAAUGGUUCGGGGGUUAUCAAGGCUGGUUUUGCAGGUGACCAGAUCCCCAAAUAUUGCUUCCCUAAUUACGUGGGGCGUCCCAAGCAUGUGCGCGUGAUGGCAGGAGCCCUGGAGGGAGACCUCUUCAUCGGACCCAAAGCAGAGGAGCACAGGGGCUUGUUGUCGGUGCGGUACCCGAUGGAGCACGGCAUAGUGAAGGACUGGAACGACAUGGAGAGGAUCUGGCAGUAUGUUUAUUCCAAGGAGCAGCUGCAGACCUUCUCCGAGGAGCAUCCUGUGCUGCUGACCGAAGCCCCUCUCAACCCCAGCAAGAACAGGGAGAAGGCUGCAGAGGUUUUCUUUGAGACCUUCAACGUUCCUGCUCUCUUCAUCUCCAUGCAGGCUGUCCUCAGCUUGUACGCCACAGGUCGCACCACUGGCGUCGUGUUGGAUUCAGGGGACGGCGUGACCCACGUCGUGCCCAUCUACGAGGGCUUCGCCAUCCCACACUCCAUCAUGCGCGUGGACAUCGCCGGACGAGACGUCUCGCGGUACCUCCGUCUGCUGCUGCGCAAGGAAGGCUACAACUUCAACACCUCGGCGGAGUUCGAGGUUGUUCGCACCGUCAAAGAGAGAGCCUGUUACCUGUCUCUCAACCCGCAAAAGGACGAGACUUUAGAAACGGAGAAGGCGCAGUAUGUCCUCCCCGAUGGAAGCACUUUAAACAUCGGCCCGGCCCGGUUCAGAGCUCCAGAGCUGCUGUUCAGACCCGACCUGAUCGGAGACGAGAGCUCGGGUAUCCACGAGGUCCUGGCCUACGCCAUCCAGAAGUCUGACAUGGACCUGCGACGCACACUGUUCUCCACCAUCGUGUUGUGCGGGGGAUCGACGCUGAUCAAAGGCUUUGGGGAGCGACUACUAACUGAAGUGAAGAAGCUGGCACCCAAAGACGUGAAGAUCAAGAUCUCUGCUCCCCAGGAGAGGCUCUACUCCACCUGGAUUGGUGGCUCCAUCUUGGCUUCGUUGGACACCUUCAAAAAGAUGUGGGUGUCGAAGCGGGAAUAUGAAGAAGACAGAGCACGCGCCAUCCACAGGAAGACCUUCUAGAAGGAGGCCGGCGCCCUGCGACCGCCCCCAGAACUGCCCUCAAACCCCCCCAUCAUACAGUCGGAGAAUCUCAUACUCCUGCGCCCGUCAUCUCCGGGUACCUCCGCAUCCUCCAUCAGCCCACCCGCUUCUAAACCCCCGUCAGCCGACUGCUUUACGCCUCCACCCAGAGAAGCACACAUUCAUGUGUGGUAACCCCCGUAUAUAUUAUUUUCAUUUGCCUGCUCUUCCCCCCCGUCCCUCCUCCUCCUGCUGCAGGGUGACGGCGGCAGCACCCUCCACCCUCCAAACAUCCCAAACUCUCACAUUCAGAGGGCCGUCAGGGUAUCUGACAGGGCAGCGAUUAGCACCGUGGACUCUGACUACAGGCCUUGCUAAACUAUUAUUUAGUCCACAUUGAAGUAUUGGUUUCGCUCUCUCGCCCUGCGAGGUGUCGGAUAUCAUCCAAUGUCAAUAAACCUGAAUGUUUUUUUGUUUUUUUUUUGUUUGCUACUGUUGAAAUUUCCAUUCCAGACCGAAGAUUUAGAUUUUUAUUUGACGUCCGUUUCGUAGACUUUGUUCUGUUUCUGACGCGGAUUAGCUCAAAGGUUUGAAGCCGCUACAGGAGCAGAUAGCGUUAGCGUCAGUGAGCAGGCUGAAGAUGAAGAUGACCACUGUGUCACCACCUCGGAGCAAAGUUAAUGCGGUUAAUUCAUCAUCUGGCUGCUUCUUCUUCUUCUUCUUCUUGUCAUUAUCACCAAUGAACAUGACAUCACAUGUUUGUGUCGACGAGGAAAAUGUCAUCGAACCAGUCGGUCAGCGUUUUGUGUCAGCUGACGGAUUAAAACAAAGUGUAGAAAAAAAACGCCUUGGUUUUUUUUUUCUUUGCUCCAUCGGCGGGUUCCACGUUUACGGCGGUCGAGAUGCACGAGAUAAAUCCGCCGUUUUUCAGCCCGGGUCUCGUAACAGUGGCCGUUCUGACGUCGCGUCGAGAAGUGAAACUCCGGCACGUCGACAGUAAUCGCAGAAAUAAUUUCAAACGCACCGAAAGUCGACUCGCAGGUCGUGAGUGAACGUCAGCUGGCCGGUUUUCGUUACCCGCGGCUCAGAGGGUUCGUUUCUGUUUGAACUGUGACCUCGGACCCGGUUUGAGAAACGCUGGAUUUGUCCUUUAAGUGGUUUUUUUAGUGUAACAUCCAGCUGAAACGAUGAAGCAGUAGCUGUCCGGUUCCUCCACUUGUCUGUCUGAAGCUUCACUCCGAUGCAUGUCAGUUACUCGUGUACAGUUAAAGACCUCCACGAUCAGCCGCAGAGACCCGAGGCCGGGCUCUGGAGUCUGGAAGGUGAAACACUGAAAGAGAGCCGAUGGUUCGUUUUUGUACUGUCCUCCCCCUCCCUCCCCCUCCCUCUCUGUGUACCUGUGCAAGUCUGGAUCCUCUGAUUUCCCAGUGACAGUGAAGGGGUCGCGUCCACACCCGUGUCCGCCUCACUCCAGAGCGCCUGCGCCGGAGCGUCCGCGUCGUCUGCUUUUGGGUGUUUUUAAAAAAGAUUUAAAAAAACAAAGGUUGUGAAACGUCAUCGGCCUCGUGUACAGCGGAAGCUUUUCAAAACCACCACAACACCGUCAGAUAACAGACUAAAAAUGUACAAUACUGUUUAUUCAAGUGUUUGCUUUUACUUUUCGUAAAUUCAGUAUAAUAAAUAAGUUAAUGGCU